CCACCUUGUCUAAGACGGGCUGGGGUGAGGGGCAGGGCAAGGUUUGUUUCGCCUCCGCCCCAAACUUGAUCCACUACCAUCCCUAUACAAGGGGUGAAUACAAAUGGCAACCGCUGGUUUAUUUCUUCAAGCACAAGCACACACUUUUAUCUCAUUUGCACAAUCACACACACACACCAAAAAACGACUGGAAGGGGAUAGAUAUAUAUAGCAUUAGUUAGGUCACUCCAACUAGGCCAAAGUUCACUAUAUGGGCUUCCAUUUAAAGACAAACUAACCGAUAAUUAAUGGGCCAAUACAUAUCACCAUCUAACUAAUAACAACAACUUAGGCCCUUUAAAAGUGUUGGGCCACGAGUAACAUUAAAUUAAUUUAAGUUGCUUCUAAUAGCCUCAAGUUGUUUAGGGUUGAGUCAUCACUAAGGUGUCGAUAUAAAUUAUCCAACAUCAUUUUAACAUCAUCAUCCGAGAUUAAUUAGGUAUCAAAAUCCAACAAUCAAUCAUGCUUGGUGUAUUAAAAAAAAACAGGUUUUCACUCAAUUAUUUAUUGACAAUAAUGCAAAUGUCAACAAGGGUGUAAACAAAUAAAUAUACAAAUGGCAUAAUCCUUUAUUUAUAUCCUAACACUAACAUGGUUACGGUUAGCCCAAAACGGUUUUGUUAGAAAAAUCGACUGACGUUGUAAAAGGAUACUUAGACUUUGUAGGUUUGUCAUCUUGACAAUCUAGUUGUGCUUUCAACAUUUUAUGGGACGCAUAAUUAUAUCACUCGUUUCCAUCUAUUUAUCCAUAUAUAAACAUUUUUGCUUUUAGUAGGGUAGAGUUUCAAGCUCGAUUUCUAAUGGCACAUCCUCACAGAGUCACCAUUUCACGAAGCCAGUGAGAAAAGAUACGAGCCGAAAACUUUCGAACCUUCAACUGACACUGCUUUUAAUAACUAUCUGCAUUGUGGGAACUAAAUUUGGUCGAAGGGAAAAGUGAAACUAUAGAAGAUAUUUUAUGACUAGUUUAUAGAACCAAUGUCAAAGGAAAGCAAAGCUUCAACGCAACUAAAGAGGGUCCUAAAGCUGACGACAAAUAAAUUUAUUGUCUUUAAAAGUUUUCCUCUUUAUCUGUUUUAGAUACCAUAAAGCAUAGGGAUAAAUAAAAUAAGCUAAAAUAAAUAUAAUUAACAUCCUUUGAGCAUGACACUAAGGAUAAAUGGAUAAUAAAUCAAAAUUUUAUGUCCUACCGUGAGACAAUAUCUAGGAUAUUAGUCUUUAAGUUUAAGCUUUUUACUUUUAAUUUAUAUUUCUUCUUUGAAAUUGGCAAUGGGAAGCACUCUGAAUUUCGGUCACUAAGUCAAGCUUGAACAUGGAUUUACUAUUCAAACAUGACUCGAGUUACUGAAGCUAAUUAUAAUAAGUAGAUACGAUUGCACUGUCCACACAAUAGAGUUUAGAUACUUUAUAACGUAUUUGAGUUGUAGUGCACAUCUACACACUAAUCAAUAUAUAAGAAAAAAGGAAACUAUAAUAUUGUCCAUGAAUGGAACAAUAUUUCAAAUAUUUAUUUAUUCAAUCCAUGAACAUGCAAGAGACAACCUCGUGAAUUAAACAUCUUGCACCACGCUACAUAAUUUUAUCUCGAACACUUGUCAUGUUUGCACUUCUGCUUAUGCUAGAAAAUAAGUUCUAAGAUAAUUGACUACCAACUAUUUAGAUCUGGCUGAUAUGUUUUUGUAACAUGAAAAGAAUUGAAGAUGAAAGGUAUAUAUUUGGUCCCCUCAAUUAAGAACAGCUAUUCUACAAAGCAAGAAGUGCAAACUAGAAAUUGUCACAAGAUUUAAGGCGGGCAUUUCUUUGAAAUAAAUAGCCUAAAGUGAUCCAAUAAUAUGAAACCAACCUCCCUAAUAUAAGCCUCCCCACCCACUGUCCUACUCCAUAAAUCAUCUUCACGAUAUAUUCUGUUUCAACCUCAAAAUCACAGAAAAAUUCCAAUCCUUGAUUAAGAUUCCUUAAUAACCAUGAAGUGGGGAAGACAGAGAUUUGCUUCUUCUCCAAUUCAUCAGUCUUUACUUGCUCGUCUAUUUCCUAUUUCUUGGUUCUCCAAAUUGAAGCAAAAGGCUAAUUCAGCAAAGAUGAGGCGGAAGGGUGGGAUGGACUUUUUGUCUCAUAAUUCAUCGUUGGAUUCUACUUGGAGAGAGGGACGAUUCUACUGUGCGGAUAAUGAUGAUUAUUGGAGGCUUUCGUUUAGGGAAGAUGGAAUUGAAGCUAGGAGGAGUACAGGUGAUAUAAAUUCUUAUUGGGGUGAUUUUGAUGAUCAGGAGCUUCAACUUGAUCGAGUUGUUGGGUCGAGUUUAAAUAGCUUGGAGUGGAAGGAAAUGGAAAUGGCGAGACGAGAAGGAAAUCAGACGUUUAAUGAAAUGGUUAUGGACAUAAAGAAGAUGAAAGAAAAAGAAAUCAUGAAUGAUGAAAAUACGAGAAAAUUGAAUCAGAAAGUAAUGAAAGAGAAACGGGCAGAUAUGGAGAGAGUAUCGAAUAAAGAUGAAGAAAAAGAUGUAUCUGAAACUGAACCAGAAAACAUAAUUAAAGCCAAAAAGAAGAAUUUUCAGAAGGCGGCAGCUUCCACUACAAGAAAGCAAGACCAUUUGUCUUUCAUGGACUCUGGAUUAAGAACAUCUGAGGAAGAUUGGGCAUUUGAAGCUCUGACUUCAGAGGAGGUGAAAAAUGCAACUUCUGGAAAAAUACCGAGUUCAGAUUUGCGAAAAUUUGAAGAUGAGAAUAAUGCUAAAGAAACUAAGGCUAAAUGUGAAUUGCAGAGGGAGACUGUGUACAUAAGCAGGGAACCUCAUAGCAGUAAUACAAAGAAAAGUCACAGACUCAACGAGUUAUCCCCAAGAACAGCAUGCAAAAUCCGAGCUUUUAAAGACGAUAAAAAAACAAGAAUGAAGAUAAAAAGGGAGAUAAACGACAAACCAGUUGAAGGCAGUAAAGUUUUUGAUAGCUUUGCAGUGGUGAAGAGUUCGUUUGAUCCACAACGGGACUUCAGAGAUUCGAUGAUGGAGAUGAUCAUGGAGAAAGAUAUUAGACAACAAGACGAGCUCGAAGAACUCCUGGCUUGUUAUCUAAUGUUCAAUUGCAACGAAUACCAUGAUCUUAUUAUCAAGGUUUUCCGGCAGAUAUUGCUUCAGCUAAAGUGCUGAACCACCAGUAUGCAUAUUGAUCCUGAAAUGGUAAUACAGAAUGGCCAUAUUUUGGAAAUUAACAGCUUUUUAGCUAAGAACAGGGGAUCUUGUUAUUAGAUUAUAAGUAUAAUUCUAAUACUUCAUGAAAGAUUAUUAGUGAACAAUUUCAAUUUUCAU